UAUGAGCGUACAUGGUUCUGUGAAACUAACAAUCCUCACUACCCUGUAUGCUGUUUCCUAUCUGGUUUUCUCCAUCUACCGGAACAUACUGGUGGAUCCUAGAGAUAUCCUGGCUUUGUAUAGCAUCAAGGUUGCAGCUGGUCCUCUCGUGUGCCGCAUUACAGGCCUUAUUUGGACCAUGUAUGGAGUUUUCUACACAGUGAAGAGUCAUCCUGACAAGCUUGCUUUCUAUAUCCACUUCUCAUGCUUCUUCUCAGUAUGGUUUAUGACUGAACCUGUGUCUCUCAUUCUCGCUACCUCGUCUGUGUUUCGUAAAAUGGACAGUGCACUAAUCAGCAAUGGCCUACAGCUUCUGACAGCUUUCCUUGGACAUACGUACUUCCUCUUUCUCACAAUGCCCAACACACUCAACAAGUGCUUCCCAUUUCAUCUUCCAGUCUCUAAGAUUGGGGUCCUACCUGCAACAGAAGAUGUCGGAUCUCUGUAUAAACCCUCUGAAGAUCACUAUGAUAUCUUCUCCAAUCGAAGCCCAAACUCUGCCAGAGGGACGGUUAAAUCUGCAAACUCUUCCUCUUCAGACCCUAUUGAUCUUCCAAGAGUCUCCCUUCAUAAAGAAUCAAAUGAUGAACAGAGAAGACAGAGUGUUAAUACCCGAGUGGCAUCAACAACAUUGUCGACAAGACUGGCAAUGCCUUCACCUCCCCAGGAAUAUUUGAAUGAACCUGAGCUUCUAGUACCACCUUCAAGUGACUUCUCUGUAUUCUGUGUGAUGACUGAAGCAUGGAAAGCAGACAAGAGUUCUCCAACACUUCUUGAAAGCCAGUGCCAGAGUCCAAAAACAACUGAAAUUAAACAAAGAGAAUAUGUACAGCCUUACAAGCUGACACCCAUUCUCCCUUACGAGGUUGAUGAUGACGACGUUGAUGAGGAUGACGAUGUCAGUGUAUUAUCUCUUGGUCUUGAUGUUUUCAACAAACCACUACCUGGUGAUGUUCCAAACAGAUUUCAGAGAUUGACUCAUACAAAACUCCCUAAACUCAUGAUACAUGGAAAGAAGAAGCCUGCACAGACUACCAUCAAGACUCCCAGAUCUAAAGAUGCAAAAGACAAUUCUAAAGGUCCUCCAACCAAACAAGCAUGGUCUAACUCCAUUAAGAAAGAGAGGAAGAGACUGAAACAUCUUACCAAGCUCAGCAAGUUCUCUGAACCCAAACUUCCGGAGAUAAAGACCACCAAAGUCAUGAGGUUUGAUCCCUCUAGACUUGAACCAUGA